CCCGCCCCUCGGGCCGGACCGCCCCAGGCCCUGGAAGUUGGCGGGUGACUUCAUGAGACCGACUGGUUCUGAGUAUGGGUCCCCUCGGCUGACGGUGUCCUGGGGCAGCCCCAGCAGCCCUUCGAAUCCCGCGCCCCCCACCCCCGCAUGGCAGCUGUCCUGGGGCUUCCGGCAGCCCAGGAGGCGGCGACGCUGACCUUCCAGGACGUGGCUGUGUACUUUUCACAAGCAGAGUGGUGGCGGCUGGGCCCUGACCAGUGGGCUCUGUACAGGGACGUGAUGCUGGAGAACUUUGAGCAUGUGGCCUCACUGGGACUCCCUAUUCCUAAGCCAGAGCUGAUCUCCCAGCUAGAGCAAGGCCAGGUGCUGUGGGCCAGGGGCCUCGGGACAGCCAAGGAGCCAGAGGCCUCCAGGAGCAUCAGGGCAGAUUUUGAGAUUGGGACUGAGAAGGAGCUAUGCUUUCUAAACCAGAAAUGUUCUGAAGAAGUAAAACCCAAAGAACUGAUAUCAAGGAGAUUCUUGAGUGGUAACCUACAGGCAUCUGAGAUACAGGAAGCUUGGUGCAGUGAAGGUAAAGUGGAAGGGAAUCAGGAAGAUUCUGCCGGGCAGAAUUUGAAGAAGCCCCAUCUUUACAAAAGAGCUUUUAGGAAAGAAACUCUACUGUGUAGGGAAAGAUCUCCAGUAGAAAGAAUCCACAAGUGUGGUGUUUUUGAUACAAACUUGAAUCUGAACCAAAAUGUCAUUAGAUUUCAAAGAAAUAAAACAGAACAGAGAGCCUUUAAAUGUGACAUAUGCAACAAAACCUUCAAAUAUAAUUCAGACCUGAAUAGGCAUCAGAGAAGCCACAAUGGGGAGAAGCCCUAUGAGUGUGCACAGUGUGGGCGGGCCUUUGUCCGCAGCUCAAACCUUAUCCUGCACCAUCGAGUUCACACCGGAAAUAAACCUUAUAAAUGUAAUGAAUGUGGGAAGACUUUUGGUCUCAAUUCCCACCUCCUUCUCCAUCAGAGAAUCCAUACCGGAGAAAAACCUUUCGGGUGUAGCGAGUGUGGGAAGGCUUUCAGUCGAAGCUCAACACUUAUUCAACACCGUAUAAUUCACACAGGAGAGAGACCUUACAAAUGUAAUGAAUGUGGGAAAGCCUUUAGCCAGAGUCCACAGUUAACACAGCAUCAGAGGAUUCACACUGGCGAGAGACCCCAUGCGUGUAGCCAGUGUGGGAAGGCCUUCAGUAGGAGCUCAAGCCUUAUUCAACAUCAGAGGAUCCACACUGGGGAGAAGCCCCAUAAAUGUAGCCAGUGUGGGAAGGCCUUCAGUCAGAGUUCCAGUCUUUUUCUCCACCACAGAGUUCACACCGGAGAGAAGCCCUACGUAUGCCAUGAAUGUGGCAGAGCCUUUGGUUUUAACUCUCAUCUUACUGAGCACAUGAGGAUUCACACUGGAGAAAAACCUUAUGUCUGUAAUGAGUGUGGCAAAACCUUCAGCCGGAGUUCAACUCUUGUUCAGCAUCGAAGAGUACACACUGGGGAGAAACCCUAUCCGUGCAUUGAAUGUGGGAAAGCCUUCAGUCAGAGCUCACAACUCACCCUACACCAGAGGGUUCACACUGGGGAGAAACCCUAUGAAUGUGGUGAUUGUGGGAAGGCCUUCAGCCGGCGGUCAACCCUCACUCAACACCAGAGAAUCCAUACUGGGGAGAACCCACCAGUGUGUAGAAAAGUGAACCCCGAGUGCAGAGACUGCAGCCCAGCCUUGGUUGGCUGCCCCAGCCUGAGGCCACACAGGCAGAUCCACACGGGAGGGAAACGCUCUGUGUGCGAACAGCCGGGCGGAGUCUCUGGCCACAGUGAAAACCUGGUUUUGCGUUGGACGAUUCACGCCAGGGAGCCAGCCUUUGGAAGCAACCAACGUGGAAAACUUUUCGGUCACAUCUCCCCACUUCCUGAACAUCAGGAGAGUCACGCUUGGGGGACGCUCUGUAAAUAUCACGAAUGUGGAAAAGCCUUCGGUCGGGAUUCGCCCCUCAUUGGACACGGAGUGACUCAGGCUGGUCAGAGACUCCACGGUCGCGGUGUGUGUGGGAAAGGCUUCAGCCCGAGCUGGCCGUUCUCCCUGCCCCAGCAAACACUCGGAGAGAAACCCCCUGGGAAUGAUGAACCUGAAAGAUACUUUAUUGACAUAAAAACAUUUUCCCAAGAAAGACAUUUUUAACGUGAUAAAUGUGGGAAAGAAUUUGGCAAUUGUUCUUGUAUGCAUAAAUAAAAAAAUAUUUAAAAAUAAAACUCAAGA